AGUCACGCCCUGAGCCGAAGGCAGACGCUUAACGACUGAACCACCCAGAUGCCCCAAUAAAAAAAGUUUUGCUAGUUACUUAAAAGCAUGGCUUCUCUUGAGCACAGCUCACCCUGUUACAUUAAUAGCAGGAAAGUCAAAAAUUGGGUCCUCUAAAUGCCGCCAGCAGAAUCAAAAUCGAAUGUGAACAAAAGCACAUCUUACAAGAAUCACCAUUAUUCUUUCACUGAGUUUAGUAUAGAUCUUUUUAUACUCAACAAACUAUGUUUGAUGCCUGCGUUUGUAUUUUUAGUCUUGCCUGGUCUAAGUGGGCAGCUUUGGGUGUUCUUGACCUCUGUAGGUGAUGCUCUUCACUGACCUUGCCCGUGUCUGUUGGUCAGUUACAUCACAGUUGACUCAUCAGCCUCCCCUCCCCACUAGGACUUUACUCUUUCUCUCUUCUUCUCCUCUAAUCCCUUUCUUCUUCACCACUGUCUCCUUUACAACUCCUCCAUGAUUUUCUCAGGGCUGGGCUUCAACAUCGUCGGUGGCACAGAUCAGCAGUAUGUCUCCAACGACAGUGGCAUCUACGUCAGCCGCAUCAAAGAGAAUGGGGCUGCGGCCCUGGAUGGGCGGCUCCAGGAGGGUGAUAAGAUCCUCUCGGUCAAUGGCCAAGACCUCAGGAACUUGCUGCACCAGGAUGCCGUAGACCUUUUUCGUAAUGCAGGCUAUGCCGUGUCCCUGAGAGUGCAGCACAGGUUACAGGUGCAGAAUGGGCCUAUAGGACAUCGAAGUGAAGGGGAACCGAGUGGCAUACCCACAGCUCUGGUGCUGCUGCCUGUGUUCGCCCUCACCGUGGUAGCAGCCUGGGCCUUCAUGAGAUACCGGCAGCAACUCUGAAAAGCUUGCUCUUUUCCAGUGCUCCCGCUAGAAGACACAUUUCCUUUCCCUCUCACCCUCGUCCCUUGCCAUUCUCCCAUGUCCUUCCCUCUCUCUGCGUAGCCAACAUGUCAUUGAAAGAGACUGCUACCCAGGCAGGACCUCUCUGUCCAAAUCUCCACAUCCUCAUCUCAUGGGAGAGUGAAGGCAUCGUUUGAAAGAAGGCUGAAGAAAAGACAUGCUUAGAACAAAUGGGGAGUUACGUAUUUUGCUAGGACUGCCAAUAGAAGUUCAGCUACAACCCAAAGAGGGAAAGGUCCAGUCUUCCCAUCAGCACGGGUGAUACCUUUUUCUUAGCUGGCAAGCCUCAAAGGCCAGCUGUGUGAUGCGAAAGAAGAGAGGAUUUUUCUUCUAAUCAUCUUCCUUGGGAAGUUUUUGUGGCCUUUAUUUAAUUUCUAUCUACAUACUUGGGUGCCUAUAUCAAACACAGGAUAAUGAGAGCAUUUUUACUUUUGUAAAAAAGCAAAUUCAUGCACAUUCGCACGCACACGCACGGACACACACACACAUCCAUACAUGACAGUAUAAUAGCGAUGCCUUAUGGAGAAUUAAAGAAGUGGAAAGCUGCUUUUGGUUUCAGGUUUCUGAUAGAAGGGAAGUUCUUAAUGGAAGAAUUGGAUAUAUAGCAGGAGUGAGACAGUGAGCCUUGAAAGAGGAUGCCCAAUCCGAGUCAUUAAAAAAAAAAAAAAAAGGAAAACCGAAGCAACGAAUUAAGUAUCUUAGAACAGUAUUUCUUCUCAUAAUAGCUAUGCUGAAGUGGAGAUGAAAUGCCAUAAUCCAGCUUUGGUGUAAUCCAUCUGUUCCCCAUACCUCGAGAUGUAAAGAUAAAUAUUACUUGUUCUCUGGGCUGCCCCAGUGAAUUUUUUGGUACCUCACAGGCCUGUUAAAGGAUCAGUUGGGAUGAUUGUGGUCGGAGCUUUGGGGAUGGGGCCAGACCAACCUAGGGAAAAAACUCUAAAAGACAAAAGGGUAAUGCCUCCAAGGUGGCCCCUGAACCGUCUCAGGCCAUCUAACAGAUUUUUCGGUUUCUAGUGACAGGCAAAUUCUGAGAGAAGGAACUGCUCUCUGGCAGGAUAGACAUGAAAUCAGCUCUGCUUCUGAUUCAGUUGAGAGGGUUUGGGUUGUGGGGUUUUUUUGAAAGGCUGUAGGCACUGGCUAUGGCUUCUAAUAAACCAUAUUGCACGGAAGGGGAAGAAGAGGGGUUUUUUUGUUUGUUUUGUUUUUUAGCGGGUAGGGAAGUUUGGUGGCUGUUUCAUGGGGAAACCUUGAGAGAGGGAUACGGAUGAAUGGACGCUCAGGAAUACCAAAGACAUUAAUGAGGUAGGAGCCAUUCUGUUCAUGUGAUGUCAAACGUUGGUUUUAAACAAGCACUAAGGAGAGCUGAACCAAGGCUAAUUCUCUGGCUUUAAAAAAAAUCAUUUCCAUCCUCCAAAUAUGUUGUCUAGACUGUAGGCCUUAGAUAAUCCUGACAGCAUGAGUAUGAAGACUUUCCCUGAGGCAACCAGUUGUGUCCAAUUUUUAGCAUGGAUAAUCCAGUUAGCAUUUUACAGAUGUUGACUAGACACCAGCUUUGUUAAGACACUUCUACAAAGAGUGUCAGAUUUAUAUUGCAGACAGCAAAAGGGAACGGUUCCUGAGAAGACACUUAAGAAAGUUCUAUGGAGGAAGGAGACAAAUGAAGGACCCUUGAAGAGCUCACAGUCUAGUUCGAGUUCAUAAAUAGAUGAGAAGUUAAAAGUAUAUCAGCAGGUUAAGUAACAGUUGAAAACAGUAAGAAAUGGGAAAAGAAAUUCAGAACACAGCGUAACAACAGAGAAGUGCAGGCAGCCAUCCCUUUUUUUCCCCCAGGAACUCCAAAAAAGAAAGCUGCCACAUAAUGGCUUCAGGCCAGAGUGGGAGGGAAGGCUUUUAAAGGUAAAAACCCUCGUAAGACCUUGCUUCUGGGCCAACCAUUGGUAUAGGGAGAAACUUGCUUUAAACAAUCCUGGUAGGACUUAGGCCUUUAGACCUGAGUUGUGCAGUACCUUUGAGCCUCACUUAGACAGCUGCCCCCAUAGGUCAGCAAAGACGCAUGAACGCUAUUCCAGUUCUCACCUGACCAGCCCGGCCAUGCCGGCACAAGCCCUGCCGCCCUCCCUGUGUCUGGACGUUUGUGCAGCAGCUCCUGCGGUGGGCCUGCUUCCCUCCCAGGAUUCAUCUCAGGGUUUGGACAUCAACUCCUGAGAGGAUCUUGAGACUUUCAGAAUGAAGCAAAUGACAAGCAGGAGGAAAAGCUAUCUAGUUUUUUUGUUGGUAGGUGUAAAUAAAAAGGACACCUGUCCCCUUGUUGGUAGAAAUUUUGCUUGUUCAAUAAUAGGGAUUCUUAUGCACUUUAAUAAUUUAGGUUUUCUCUGGAAUUAAAGAGCAUUUUAAAGAUCUGUGAUUAAAGUUUCAGGCACGUAUGCUAUUCAGUUUUUAUUUCUGAUUCUCUAGAAAACUAAAUUAUUACCCUAGGUGAGGUAUCAGCGGUAUGACAUUGAUGGAUAAUGAGGUAUCUGUUGUUAGUCAUUAACAAUUCAUGAUCUUUAUAUAUUGAAUCUAUUAUUUCUUUCACUUUAUAGAUUGUAUCUAAUAGUCCUGCUAUGUAAAUUACUGUGUUUAAAGUUUUGGAAAUUGAGUGCAAGUAUUUUUAGACAAUAUACUGGUUUUACUAAGACA